AUGUUUUUAGACUCUAAAUUAUUACUGUCUGUUUUCGGCAACGAAGUGCCACAUCAGUCGACAAUUUCCCGUUGGUAUGGAGAAUUUAAACGUGGACGGGUGAGUCUUAGCGACGAUUCCAGGGAAAACGUCGAUGCUGUACGCAAACUCAUCAUUGAAGAUAGACAUGUGACAUAUCGCGAGAUUGAGGCGCUCUUGAAGAUCUCAAAGACCUCAAUUCAAAAAAUUUUACAUGAAGAAUUAGGAGUAAGAAAAUUAGUUUCUCGUUGGAUACUCCACCUGUUGACUGAAGAGCAGAAAGCAGCCAGGGUUAAUUUGUGUCAAAAAACGCUUGACCGUUUCAAUUCCGGAAACUCAGAAAAUGUGUACAGCAUUUUUAGUGGUGAUGAAUCAUGGAUUUACUGUUCUCGAAGUGUUUCGAAAAAGAUGGUCGCGACAUUUUAUACCACCAUUUGUUUACCAAAAGUCAUCACCGAGCUUCGAAAAAUCAACCCCGAAAGAAGAAUCAUCCUCCACCAAGACAAUACAAGCUCGCACACAGCCCAAGAAAUAAGGCAGUAUUUAACAGAAGAAAACAUGGAAUUAUUGGACCAUCCUCCAUAUAGUCCCGAUUUACGUCCUAACGAUUUCUUUACUUUCCCGAAAAUUAAAAACAGACUGCGUGGUCAAAGGUUCCAGUUGGAUCUGCCAGCAAACGAGUGGAAUAAGUGCUUCGAAAAUUGGUUCGAGCGCAUGCAGAUACAAUUAUUGAUCAGAUGA